AGCAGAGGUAGUUCGGGGGUACGGGGUCCCAACUCGGCGUUAACAGCUUUCCUCCAGAACGAGGGUAUCACGGACGCGUUCCGUGAGAGACGUGAGCGAGAACUAUUCCAAACAGCCCAGGAGCCAACAACGGUUGUAGAAGUAGUUGAAGAACAAACUACUACUUCGUUAUCUUCAUUAUCUGCAAGAGCGUCGCGUGUAUCUAGGAGACUCAGAGCAGCACUACAAGAAGAACAAGAAGAAGACCCUGAAGUUGAGGAAAUCAAGAAGGCAGCCAGGCGUAAGAGAAGGGCUGCGAAACGGGACAGUGACGAUGACGAUGACGAUAUAGACGAUCUCGACUUCAGUGAUAUUGAUGAACUUGAAGAUAACGUCAAGAAAUUUGGGGAAGAAGACACUUGUGUAGACUGUGGAAACACAUUCCACUUAACCGUGUACUCGCGUUACUUAAAGGAUCUGAAAGGUUACGUUUGUGAAGAAUGUAACGAAAUCAUCAAAGAAAGAGAACGUAAAGCCCGCGCCAAUCAGCAAACUGCUCGUAAACGUAGAAAGAAAGUUGCGCAAGCGUUGUUGAACAAGACUGUGGUUAGAAUCCCAAAGCUUCAGGACAUUUGUAUCAAGAAGAUUUCAGACAACAUCAACGAUGUCGACGUCUUGGGCGAUAUUGGCCAGAUCAACUUGAACAAGCUCUCCAAAAUUUUGUCCAAGAACCGUUCACUUAACAACAAUACAAUGUCAUUGUUCUUGUCGCCUGAGUUGAAGUCAUUGGAAUUCUGGGACUGUCUGGACGUCGAUUCUGAUUCGUUAAAUAAGAUCGCUUCGUAUUGCCCAAACCUAGAAUCGCUUACUUUAUUCAUGUGUGGUCAGCUUCACAACGAUAACUUAAAGUAUUACAACUCAAAUCUCAAGAAGUUGACAGACAUUUCCUUAAAUGGGCCAUUCUUGAUUAGCGAAGCUAUGUGGCAGGAGUUCUUUGAUGAAAGUGACAACCGUAUAACCAAAUUCGAAGUGAGAAACACCCAUAGAUUUGGAAACGAUUCGUUGAUCAGUCUUUUGGAAUCUUCAGGUAAGCGGUUGACCUCAUUGAAGCUUUCAAGGCUAGACGGACUUGACUCUUCUGCAGUGUAUGACUUAAUUCCCCACUAUAUCCAGACGUCUACAUUAACUGACCUCGAGCUCUCGUAUCCAAAUAAAGAGGAUUUAAUAACAGACGAGCUUCUCAUUAAUAUCCUUGCAAUCUCUGGAGAAUCGUUGGUGUCUCUAAAUGUAGAUGGGUGUACUGGCUUAACCGAUGCUUUCUUGAUUGAUGGUGUUUCCAAGUUCUGUCCUAACUUGACCCAUCUCUCAAUGGUGGGUUUGGAUCAAAUCACAGAUGACGGUUUUGCCCUGGCUUUUGAAGAGUACUCAAAGGUUAAUGGAGGUGGUUUGCUAAAUGUAAAUCUUUGUAAGGUCACUGGUCUUGGUGAUAAAGCUGUCUAUGCUUUGUUCAAGAACUCUUGCAGUACUUUAGUCGAGUUGAAUCUCAACUCACUCUACAAACUUUCCAAAGAGUUUUUGUACCAAGUAUUUACUGAUGAUCACAAUGUUUACAAAAAGAAAUUGCAACACCGUAUAGAUAAUGGCGAGUCAAGUGGUGAGACCGAACCACCAUUGGUAUUGUAUAACCAAACAAGAUUGACAUUGUUGACAACUCUCGACAUUGGGUUUGUUCGAGCUGUGGACGACGAAAUACUUAAAUUGAUCGGUGAGAGUUGUCCUAAACUAUCUGUCCUAGAAGUUUACGGAGACAACAGAUGCACAUCAAGGGCAAAGUUCAGAGAGGGUUUAAUGGUUAUUGGUCGUCAAAAUGAUGAAAUUUGA